AGACAGUCCCGCAGGCCCUGAGGAGGAAGGAAACUCCUACACCCUAAAAGGGACCAAAUACUCACACAGUUGAAAAACACACAACGAGUUGUUGGUGUACCUUCGUCAUGAUUGCAUCAAUAUGUUGGGCCCAGGAUGUUGAAACCGGGAACUUGAAGCUACUCACCCUUUGCACUGCUGACUUCUCAAUGAGGACUGAGAAUAAUGGACAUGCUGGAGGAAUUUGAGGAAGAGGAAGAACAGACGAAAAAUGCAGGAGAGAUCGAGGGGGGAAAACACAUAUCAUUCGUUGAUAAAAUGGAUCGCCUGGACGCUUUGAUAACAGAUAUAGGUGUCAUGAACUACCCACUAUCUUAUCAGGAAAACACGAUCAAAGAACAAAUUAUGCUCCAAUAUGCUGAAAAUUUCAGGCAACAAUACGAAUAUUUGUACCCCGACAGAAAGCCUCUGCUUCUCAGUCCACUCAAUGAAUGUAAAAUUCAGAAGUUUGUUAGCACCACUCUUCGUCCUACUUUAACAAACCACAAGGAACUAUACACUUGGAAAGGGUGUGCAGAGUUUGUAUCUGACUUUCUAAUAGUGGAUUCAUUAGAUCCUGUCACAGAUGUGCCAGUUUAUUUGUUUUCUCCAACCACUGUCCUGAAACAUCAAAAAGGAAACUGCUUUGACUUCAGCACCUUACUCUGUUCACUGCUGAUUGGUGUGGGAUAUGAUGCAUACUGUGUCAGUGGAUAUGCUGUGAAAGAAAUGUGUUUGAUGGAUGAGACAAAGGAAAUCUGUCCACUACUGCAAGAAGAUGAGAAAGAUAAAAAGGAAGAAGUAAUUCCACCCAUGAAGAAAUAUGCAGUGAAACCAGUCCGAGUAUUACAGAGCAAAUUUGAAUUAAACCAGGAGGCUCGUAAACAGGCAGAGAAAAUAGCGGAAGAGGAAAAGAAGCAAAGAGAUUUGGAGGAAAUGUCAAAUCUGAAGAUGAAAGGUGCACGCGAUAGCAUGUAUGGUCUGCGGGUCCACUGUUGGGUUCUAGUGCUUGCAGGCAAAAGAGAAGUCCCAGAAAAUUUCUUCAUUGACCCUUUUUCGGGAAAAAGCUAUGAAACUACUAAUGAACGAUUCUUGGGGGUUGAAAGCAUCUGGAACCAUAAGAACUACUGGGUGAAUAUGCAGGACUGCAAAUAUGGUGUCAAGGAUGUAAUUUUUGACCUUGCUGAUCCUGUAAGAUGGGAGUACAUGCUGCCAUCUGAAAAUCAAGAAAUUGUUAUGCCUAAUUCAUAUGACUCUCUUCUAGUGGAGGCGGAAGAUGAUGAUGAGAAAGAAGUGGAAAAGAUUUUUGAUAUGCCUCCAUCAUGGGCUCAGCAAAUUGUUAUUCCUGCCAAAGAUAUUGAGACACGUUGUCCAAAUGGUGAGAAGUUAAUUCAGUAUAAGAAGGUGAAUUUAGAAAAGUAUGCUCCAUACUUGAAUGUGGAUGGGAUGGUGAAGCGUCUGAUUGAAUAUGAGGAUGAUGAAUGUACUACUUUUCUGAAGGUGACAGAGUGGUAUGCUAACAGAAAGGACAUGCUGGAGAAAAUUGAACGUAACAUGAAAACUCAGACCAUUACAGAGCAUUUUAGAAAUGGCCGACCUCUGGCACUUAAAAAACAUGUCUACCGAUCUUCCGAGCCAGAGACCGAAAGGACAAUGACGUUCAAUGGUAUGCUUCGUGUGGAUGGGCUCAUGAGCAGAGUGGAAACCCCUACUGAGCUGAUAGAGCAGUUCAGCACCAGGCCAGAUUUCCUCAUUUACAGGAACACAAUAUUUGCCAAACGACAAAAGAAAGUGAAGCUCCCAGGAUCUAUUCUCUCAAACUACCGGACCAUUCUGAAAAUAACAGAACGCUUUGCCAGAAACAGAAAAAAGUUAGCCCACGAGGAUGUGGCAGAGCAAAUAUUCCUGAUUAAUGCAGAGCAUAUCCAAGUGACAUAUCAUCGUGAGGAUGACAGGAUCACAUCAGUGAAGAGAGAGUUCAUCCUCCCACCAAACCUGAUUGAAAAGGAUGAUGAAGAAGUUAACAUGGACCAGAUUGUCAUGACUUUUGAGGUUGACCCUUCGGCAAAGCCAUGUAAAAAUGUGGUUCUGUAUCAGACCAUGAUGGAACUUCUGAAAGCACAAGCUGCAUCAGUUCAAGCUGUCAGAGAUUCUGAACACGAGGUACGUGAAAUUUUGAAGGACAGAGCAGCAGAACGUAAGGCAAAUGAACUAUCUAUCUCAGUGUAUGACACAGAAAGAAAUGAGAAAGCUAAAGAAUACAGGCGAAAUCAGAUGCUUAGGGAGGAGGAGCAGCGGUCACGGCAAGCUGAGGAAGAGGUGGAUUACCUCGCACCAUUCCUUGCUCGUUUGGGACAGCCCAAAAAGAUCACCGGGAAACUAGCCAACAAGCUCCGCAAUGACUGUCUAGCAGACAUGAAGCAGAGGCUGAUUGAUAAAGCUAACAUCAUUCAAAAUCGGUUUGAGAAGGAGGCCUUAGAGCUCCAGAAUAAACAGCAAUGGUACCAGCAGAACCAGAUGUCCAUGACCAAGGAAGAUGAACAGGCCUAUUUGUCCUACUGCUCUGAGGCCAUGUUUCGAAUCCACAUCCUUGAAAUGCGCCUCAACAAGCACAAAGAGGCAGCACCAAACAAAUACCUGGACCUGGAUGACAAAAUUCGCAAAGACCCACGGUUGGCCAAGAAAUUAAAGGAUUGCUGAAUAUGUUAACUGUCCAUUACAGUGCAGCCAAUGUCUGGGGAAGAUGAUCUGAUGUCCAGGAAUCUUUAAUGAAAUGUAACAAGCAUGUAUUCAAAAUAAAAAGAAAAACAUUGCCAGAAAGAUUUUAUUUGAAUAAUUUUAAUUAAUGAGUUAACAAUUUAAUGGAAAGUGCUGGAAACACUUAGGUCAGAUGGCAUCUAGAGAAAGAUAAAUAAUUACAGGGUCAUUUAUCAGAAUUGGAAAGAGAGAAGCUAUAGCUAUAAAUUGGUGGGGUGGGGUUGUGUGUGUGUGUGUGUGUGUGUGUGUGUGGUGAACAGAGAGGGGGAGCGAGAGAGAGAGAAAGAAAGGAAAAGAAGGGACAGGGUGAUACCAAUAUUGCCAAGGGAUAAAGUUGAUCGAUGUAUUACCGGGGAUGGUUGGGUGGGUGGUGGUGGGGGGAGAGAAUGAAGAAAGGUCAUGAAAUAGUGGCAAAGAGAAAGUGAGAAUGCAAACAAACACAAUAUUCAUUAAAUACUGUGCCAUGGCAAGUGCCCACCAGAUGAGGGUGUUAGGGGAGAAAAAUUGAAGCCAAUAUACCAGAUUGAUGAAGCAAAAAUGACCAGUUCUGAUACAAAUCAAGAAAACAAGUUACCUGAAGUUGUAAAAUUCUUUUUUGAGUCCCAAAGCUUGCAACAAGCCAGAUGGAAGAUGAAGUCCUGUUUGAUAACCUUGUUAUCACAGUGCAGGGCCUGUAGAUGGGUCAGAUUGGCAGCACAAUGGAGAAUUUAAUGGCCAUCAGAUUAAAUACAGGUGCUCUACAAAGCAGUUACCCAUUCUGCAUUCACCAGAGAGGCUGCCUGAUCUGCAGAAUAGUUCUGUCAUUGUUUUUAAUUCACAUUUCCAGCAUCCCAUCAUUUUGAAUUUUGUUUAAAGGUUUAAUUUAAUGUGUAAGCAUAUUUUAUAUAAUGAAAUUUGUAAUGUGAUCAGUGAUGUGCAUGUGAGGGAUUCCAAAUGAUGAAUCUCAAAGUUUCUCUC